AUUUCAUUAACUUAUAGGCAAGCGGGCCGAUCAGCGCGUUAAGUAACGAAGUGACGCUGCAUUGUGAUCAGCAAGUGAGCGUGAAGUUUGUGUUAUUGCGCGACUGGUUCUAGUUAACUCGUGUCUAAGUCUAGGAUUUUAUAGCUCCUUCAUUUACCUAACAACUGUCGACACUUUGGAUGUCCUUAGAAGAGUGGUUUCUCUACAUAUUUUCCUGCGGAAAAUAAAUCCGCGGUCAAAGUGGCCCCGGAAGUAGCGCGAGCCGCGACCUGGACAGCUGCGGAAGGCUUCGGCGGUGUAUGUCAAUAUGGCACGGAGUUGGAGGGCGGCGCCGCAGCAGGUUAUAUGCCGGCGUCGCAUCUCCCUUGUCAGUUAGCACUCGCACGCCCGCACCGCGACCGGCGCGCGCGCAUCGAACUCAUUCGUCACAUACCGUAUUAAACUAUUUACAUUUACGUUAUAAUUGAAAAUUAAAAUUAAAUCUGUGUUUUUGUAAUAACCGAGUACCGCGUAGUUCUGUGAGUAUCGCGUAGUUUUGUGAGUGUCUGGGCCGUGAUGUCGAGUCCGGGUACCGCGCAGCACGCGGGCAGCGCGGGCGUGGACACGGAGCGGCUGAUGCACGAGCUGGGCCAGGCGCGCCGCUUCCACCUCACCAACUAUGUGCUGCUGGCGCUCAGCGUGUUCGUGGCCGCGCUCUACGCUACCAACUACGUGUUCCUCGCCGCAGACGUGCCCUACAGAUGCGUUGUCCCGGAGUGCGAGUCGGAGAGCAGCUCGGAGUACCGCCCGGCGUGGCUGGCGGGCGCGCUGGGCGGCGCGGCCGAGGCCAGCGUGCACGCGCGCUGCGAGCGACGCGCGCCGCUCGACCCGCAGCUGCCCUGCACGGAGGGCACCGCCUUCGCGCAGGACCCGCUGCCCUGCGACCACUGGCUCUACGAGGCCAACAACACCAUCGUCGCCGAGUUCAACCUGGCGUGUCAGGAAUGGAAGCGCACCCUGGUGGGCACGGUGCACAACAUCGGCAUGCUGGUGUCGCUGCCCAUCCUCGGAUACAUCUCCGAUCGUUGGGGCAGAAAGCGAGCCUUAAUUUUAAGUUGCACAUUGGUGGGAGCCAUCGGUACUUUAAAAGCUUUUUCCGUUUCCUACGAGAUGUACAUCGCGGUGGAGUUCCUGGAGACCAUCGCCGGCGCCAGCGCCUUCCCCGCCGCCUACAUUCUGACUAUCGAAUUACUAGGACAAGACAAGAGAGUGCUAACUACAGCCUUCCUGGGCAUAAUGCUGGUGUUGGGAGGACUGAGCUUCGCUCUUCUAGCGAAGGCCUUCCAGUACUGGAGAACUUUCAUUCUCGUCGUAUAUCCGCCAUCUCUGCUAUUCUUACUGUACAUAUACUUCCUGCCAGAGAGCAUACGGUGGCUGUUAUCUAAAGGACGAAAAUCGGAGGCGGUGGAGAUCAUAAUGCGAGCCGCGAAAAUGAACAAGGUCACGUUGUCUGACGAGACGAUGAAACAGUUGUCGGAGGAGAAGGUCAAGCCACUGGAGGAGAAGAAAGAUGAGAAGGCGGCGGAGGGGCUGUGGACGCAGGUGCUGCAGUCACCCAUCAUCAUGACGCGGCUGGCCAUCUGCUCGUGGUGGUGGAUCACGUGCACGUUCGUAUUCUACGGGCUGGCCAUCAACUCGGUGUCGCUGGCGGGCGACAAGUACACCAACUACAUGCUGGUGGUGAGCGUGGAGGUCAUCGCCGUCGUCACCAACGCGCUCGUGCUGGACCGUUUCGGCCGCAAGCGCACACUGCUCUGCGCGUACACCGUGUGCGGCCUCGCUUGCGUCGCCAUACCGUUCGUGCCUAAAUCGCUGCCAUGGCUGGCGACUCUGCUGUACCUCCUGGGUAAGAUCGCCAUCACGCAGGCGUUCAACGGCAUCUACAUGUACACGUCGGAGCUGUUCCCGACGCAUGCGCGCCACAGCCUGCUCGGCUUCUGCUCCAUGGUGGGCCGCAUCGGGUCCAUCGUCGCGCCACAGAUGCCGCUACUGGCGAUUUACGUGGAGUGGCUGCCGUCGGUGCUGUUCGGAUCGACGGCGCUGGUGGCGGGUGCGCUGAUGCUGACCACGCCGGAGACGCUGAACACGCGCCUGCCCGACACCAUCCGCGAGGCGGAGCAGAUCUCCCGCCGCGCCGAGCCCGCGCCCGCCGACCAGCUGCAGAUGACCACCAGGGCGUGACCACACGCCACACACCAGGGGCAACCACCAUCACCGACACUGUGGAAAUCUGUUAAACUUAUUUGGCAUUUCUGUACCCAGAUCAUCAGGUCUCACUGGCUUUGAGUCAAAGACUGGAAGCAUAGUUAACUUUGGAAUGAUUGCCACGAAAAUAGUGUGGAUACUAAACUUUGUAGAUUCUUUAAAUAACGUACAGCUCGGUAUUGAGACUGUGAAUUUUACAACAAAGGAUAAGUUUUCUUCUGAUCAUUAGUGAUUUAAACUUCUUCAACAAUAUCAAUAAACGCUACACAUGAAGGAAUGUCAAAUACAUUUAGAUUUUUAGGUGGUGAUGGUGCCCGGCCCUGCUACUGACAGUUACCAUCAACGCCCUGCAUGACUGUAAUCAUUGUAAACUCUAUGUUAUAUAGUGUUGCAUGACAGAAAGAUCAAUGUUUUUGUGAAUAGUUUUAAGUAAAAAUAUUAUAUUUGAAGUAAUUUUAAUACAAAACGGUGCUGGCUAUCGUUUUGUAACCAUUCUUAUCAUAUGCUACAUACCCCUAGACUACAGUACAAUUCAUAAAUUACUCGAUUCUUUAUUAUGAAGAAUUUGUUACUUAUAUUAACUUUUUAUUUUUUUCAUCAUUUGAACGAUAUCCAUUCGUCAUUCGUUUUUGUUAUAAACUUUUCUGUGCCGUAUAACUUUGCCAACACCUAAAAUUUAUAGUUGAUCAAUCUUGAAGAUUUGAUGCGACAUACUUGUAAACUAAUAUUUAUUAUUAUUUUGUUAUUUAUUUAAGUACAUUACUCACAGUUUCUGCAAGUUUUUGUUAUGAUAAUUCUAACUGUUAAUGACACGUGAUUGAGUACACAAGUGUUGAAGUUGUGAUAUUAAAUUAUAAUAAACAUAGCAAGUCGUUGUGAACAUGCUGAUUAUAUGUAUUGAGUAGCAGCUAUUUUUACAGCUAUAGUGACAAACCCGAGGCUCAACAAGGUAAAUAGAAUAAUAUAAAACAUAUUUAUGUGUAUUUGUGUCUGUGUCAGUACAACAUGUAAAUAACAUACGCAUUGUAUGUACACUGUGCGACUCUUCUGUAAAUAAAUAUAACUUAUUAUUGUA